AUCAAUGUGCCUGUGGGAGACUUCAGGACAGUGACAAUCUGAUAAGUGAAACCAGGAAGAAACGUGAUGGGCGAUUUCCUUGGCAGGUCCUGCUGCUAAACUCAGAAGGGAAGGGCUUCUGCGGAGGAGUGCUGCUGAAAAGUAAUUUUGUACUGACUACAGCGGAGUGCGCCCUUCUGCACAGCCAGUUUGAAAUCAGGGCUGGUGCUGGGGCUGACGGACCAAGCGGAGCCGAGAAGAUAAUGCAAGUUAGCGAGAAACACAUACACAUCCGGUACGACGAAGACACCGGUGAGAACAACGUCGCCUUACUACAACUCCAAGAGCACGUGGAGUGCAACAACCACCAGCUUCCUGUGUGCAUCCCUGAAAGAGACUUUGCAGAACACAUUUUAAUUCCCAAACUGGCUGGUACAGUCAGCGCCUGGAGAAUGGAAGGUGACGAACUCCAGGGUGACGAGCUGCAGGUUUCGUACCUUCCGGCUGAGGACUGCAAACGAGUACUCAACGUCAGCCUCACAAACCGGCAGUUUUGUGGACACCUCCAGGAGGCCGUAGACAAACGACUGGCGGGAGGAAGCUUUUUAGCCACCAAGUAUAAGGGGACUUGGUUUCUGACUGGUAUCCUGGGAUCUUGGCCACUAGAGGACAGUGACUGGGAAACACUUCUAUUCACUAACACCGCGAGGUACAUACUAUGGUUUAAACAAAAAAUGAAGUAA